AUGCUCGCAGAUAAAAAUGGGUCCUGUCUAAAAUUUGAUAUUUAUACAGGAAAGCCUAGUGGUGAUGUCGAGAAGAACUUAGGCUCGAGAAUUGUGAAACAGCUAUGUGAGGGUCUUGAAAAUAAAAAUCACUUGGUCUAUUUUGACAAUUUUUUCAACGGAGUCGAGCUAAUGGAAGAUCUAAAAAACAAUGCAGAUACAUGCCUGCGGAAUAUUCCGAAGUUCAAAUCAGAUAGGAACAUGAAAAGAGGUGAUAUCGAGUGGUUUACAAGCAAUAGUGAUUUGUCUGUUAUUAAAUGGAAGGACAAGCGUUCCGUUUUUCUCCUGUCUAACUUCCAUGACCCACAUGAUAUUCUUAAAGUGAACCGAAAAGAAAAGAAUGUAUCAAUUACCAAAGUACCUUGUCCAAAAGCCCUUUCUGAUUACAAUGCCAAUAUGAAUUUUGUCUACAAGUUAGACCAAAAUUUGACUUCCUACAAAAUAGAUCGGAAAAGCCAUAAAUGGUGGCAUCGCAUUUUCUUUUUUUUUCCUGGAUGCUGCUAUUGGGUUACAGCUACCCACGCUUUAUAUGAAAGAUUUCCUAAGAAGUAUAAUACAAGGUCUUGUUGUACAACAGCUGGUUCAUCUCAUCAACCUAAACGCGGUACUCGACGUCGGUAUGCUUACUGUAGUACUAAAAAAGAAAAACAAAUAAGAACGGACUGGGUAUGCAGCGUUUGCAACGUGCCUCUUUGUUUAACUAAAAAUAAAACCUGUUUCCAGGACUCUCAUAGAAAUAAAUAG